GGAAAAUCAACCUCGAUUGUUAUGUUUUGCUUUGCAUCUUCAGUGCUUGUUUUGUGGUGAGAGGCGAUUGUUAUUGCGUGUUGAUUUCGAAGAAAUUACUAACACCGGGAAUAGAUAAUUGCCAGAGCCUCCUCCCACCACGCACCCCAAAUUCUGUAAUUAAUGAACUUUUUAAAUUGAUUGGCUCUGCGCAUUGAUAAACCAGCGUUGUGACCUUCGCAGGAGCACCCAUUUCAUUGCCAGUGUCAAGCGGGAAAAAAUCAAUGGAGGACUUGACACCACUGACCAACCUUCAACAGUUUUAGUUCCAACAUUAUCAUUUUUUUAACUGCCCAAAAGACGCGUUCCUACAACUUCGUAAAGUCAAGCGAGAUACACGUUUGAGAUACAUCUUAUUUCCGAUAUAGUCAGUAUUCCCGAGGGUGCGCCGCGCAAGAAAAAGAUGACGGAACGCCAGCCGUUGCUCUUCAACAGCGAUGCCUCUGACUACGAGGGCAGUCGAGGAUCGGCGGCACGACCUGUGCGCAGCUCUCCGCCGGACAACACCCUUGUCAACGUGCACAGCGAGGACAGCUUAGCAGUGCACGCAGCAGCCUCUGGGUCGGGUGAUGAUGAAAUUGGAUCGACGGAUAAGGCCACUUACAACCCCACCCACCAUCGCGACUUGGAGCAUCCGACGUCCAACUUCGACACCCUGGUUCAUCUGCUGAAGGGCAACAUUGGCACGGGCAUUCUGGCAAUGCCGGAUGCCUUUAAGAACGCCGGACUUUAUGUGGGACUUUUUGGCACCAUGAUCAUGGGAGCUAUCUGCACCCACUGCAUGCAUAUGCUGGUCAACUGCUCCCACGAGCUGUGCCGGAGAUUCCAGCAGCCAUCCUUAGACUUUUCGGAGGUGGCAUACUGCAGUUUUGAGUCAGGACCUCUGGGUCUAAGGCGAUACUCCAUGUUGGCUCGACGGAUCGUUACCACGUUCUUGUUUAUCACGCAAAUUGGGUUCUGCUGCGUCUACUUCCUCUUUGUGGCGUUGAAUAUUAAGGACGUUAUGGAUCACUACUACAAGAUGCCUGUGCAGAUUUACCUGCUUAUAAUGCUUGGACCCAUGAUUUUGUUGAAUCUGGUACGCAAUCUAAAGUAUUUGACGCCAGUUUCGCUGGUCGCCGCCCUGCUCACAGUUGCCGGACUGGCCAUUACCUUCUCGUACAUGCUGGUGGAUCUACCGGAUGUGCACACGGUCAAGCCGGUGGCCACUUGGGCCACAUUACCUUUGUACUUCGGAACCGCCAUCUACGCGUUUGAGGGAAUUGGUGUUGUCCUGCCGUUGGAGAACAACAUGCGCACCCCCGAGGACUUUGGCGGCACCACAGGUGUCCUCAACACGGGCAUGGUGAUCGUGGCCUGCUUGUACACAGCAGUCGGAUUUUUCGGCUACCUGAAGUACGGCGAACACGUGGAGGGCAGCAUUACCCUAAAUCUUCCACAGGGCGAUACACUGUCCCAGUUGGUGCGGAUUUCAAUGGCGGUGGCCAUCUUCCUCUCGUAUACGCUUCAGUUCUAUGUGCCUGUAAACAUCGUGGAGCCCUUUGUGCGAAGUCAUUUCGAUACAACGAGGGCCAAGGAUCUGUCGGCCACUGUGUUGCGAGUCGUUCUGGUCACUUUUACCUUUUUGCUAGCCACCUGCAUUCCCAACCUGGGCUCCAUUAUCUCGCUGGUAGGUGCCGUCAGCAGCUCAGCUUUGGCCCUUAUUGCUCCACCCAUAAUUGAAGUUAUUACAUUCUACAACGUUGGCUAUGGACGCUUCAAUUGGAUGCUAUGGAAGGACGUUCUUAUCCUGAUCUUUGGGCUCGGUGGCUUCGUUUUUGGCACCUGGGCCAGCUUAGCUCAAAUCCUGAACGACAGAACCCACUGAGUGCAAUCGAAAUGAGCAAAACAAAAACAGAACCUGGCUAGUUCUGGUUACAAAUGUGUGCGAAUUUAUGACGAAGGCUUUAUGUAGUUACUCUCAGACUACGAAUAUGUUUACCAUUAGUUGUUUACCAUUUACCAACUGGUAUCUGUCCAGUCCAAUGGCGGUGCUUUAGUAUGAUUAAUUUAUAUUUAUGGCAAAUUAGUUGCAUUUGUUUUGUUAUUAUCAGCCAGCUGCAAUCGUACCAGACAAUAACUAGCAUUUUAAGUAGAAAGUUUUGCAACAUUUGUUCAGUUGGUCAGUUGGAUAUUAUUUCUGUGUUAACUCGAAGACCGCACAAUGCCAAACGUGAUUUUACGUAGUAUUCUUAACUAAAUUAUUAUUUAGCUUUUACUAUGUAGUCUAGGUCGGGGCAGAUCAUUCCAAAGCAACUGCUAAGAUUUUCCCAAAAACCGAAAUUAGCUAACAUUAUCUGCAUACUUUUAUCGUUCGAUUAUUUGUAAUUAUAUAUAUAUAUAUAUGUAUACUCCUUACCGUACUGGUCCCUCAAUGGGGACCUCCGAUAAAGUUUUGUAAGUACAUCAAUUCGGUGUAUCAACAAAUGUUCUUUAAUAGUUCAACCGGUAACAAAGACAAUAAUUAACAUAACGUUUAUAAAAAUCA